UCGCUCGUUUGUUUUCGCGCCUUGCCACGCCGCGAGGCGCUCCGUGUCAUCAGCUCUUGUGUCUGUCGGACGGUGGCUCGGUGCGUGCGUGCUCGCGCUUGUGUGUGUGGCGGGGAGUUCCCGGGGCAAGAUGCCUCGCCGGCAGCUGUGAGACGUCCUUCUUCCUCCCCCACAUAGGUGUUUGUUUGGCCCUCGCGACAGCAGCUGCCAGCUGCAGCUGCGCAGAAGGGAAGGACGGUGCGCUUGCUCCCAUGGCCGAUGAGGGCCGACCGCACCACCGAGAACGUCAUUGAGGAAUCGUCAACCUCUUCGCAGCCGUCUGAGAUGGCGCCGACAGUCGUGAGCGAUGUGCCGGGAUCGGCGGAGCCCGCCGCCCCCGCGCCCACGCAUACCACAAUGGCCGCCCAGCCCCCUGACACCAUGUCCACCCAGCCGAGCCCAGAGAUGUCGACGACCGAGGAGGUCCCGCCAGCGCCCACCAAGAGCAAGAUGGAGGAGGCGAGCGACAAGAUGGACCGCGCCGUCAAGACGGUCGCCAAGGAGAUAGGCAUUCCUCCUUGGGCGGUGGUCGCCAUCAUUGUCGGUGUUUGCCUGCUGUUCCUGUGCAUCUGCGUGUGCUGCAUCCGGCGAUGCUGCAAGAAGAGGCGCACCAAGGACGGCAAGAAGGGCCUAAAGGGAGCCGUCGACCUAAAGUCCGUGCAGCUGCUGGGAUCGGCCUACAAAGAGAAGGUGCAGCCCGACAUGGAGGAGCUGACGGAGAACCAGGAGGAGCCGGACGAGGCGGAGAGCAAGCAGAGCGAGCAGAAGCUGGGGCGCCUGCAGUACAAGCUGGAGUACGACUUCAACUGCAACAGCCUGGCGGUGACGGUGGUCCAAGCGGAGGACCUGCCAGCCCUGGACAUGGGCGGAACCUCCGACCCCUACGUCAAGGUCUACCUGCUGCCGGACAAGAAGAAGAAGUUUGAGACCAAGGUCCACAGGAAGACCCUCAGCCCCGUGUUCAACGAGACGUUCGUGUUCAAGAACGUGCCCUACGCGGAGGCCAUGAACAAGACCCUGGUGUUCGCCAUCUUCGACUUCGACCGCUUCUCGAAGCACGACCAGAUCGGCGAGGUGAAGCUGCCCCUGUGCCAGGUGGACCUGGCGCAGACCAUCGAGGACUGGCGUGAGUUGCAAAGCGUGGAAGGAGAAGGAGGGCAGGAUAACAAGUUGGGAGACAUAUGCUUCUCCCUGCGGUAUGUGCCGACGGCCGGCAAACUGACAGUGGUCAUUCUGGAGGCUAAGAACCUGAAGAAGAUGGACGUGGGAGGACUCUCAGACCCGUACGUGAAGAUCGCGCUGAUGCAGAACGGCAAACGGCUGAAGAAGAAGAAGACGAGCAUCAAGAAGUGCACCUUGAACCCCUACUACAAUGAGUCGUUCACGUUUGAAGUCCCGUUCGAGCAGAUACAGAAAGUGAACCUGGUGAUCACGGUGGUGGACUACGACCGCAUCGGCACGUCCGAGCCCAUCGGCAAGGUGGCGCUGGGCUACAACGCCAGCGGCACGGAGCUGCGCCACUGGUCCGACAUGCUGGCGUCGCCGCGCCGGCCCAUCGCCCAGUGGCACACGCUCAAGGACCCUGAGGACGACAAGAAGGACUAGGCACGGCGGCCCGGUCCGUCGCCGGCAGGAAAUUAGCGACAUUUUCCAGAAUGAAAAAAAUGAAGACAUGAAGAUAUCCUGAAGCUCACACACAAAACAAAAAUUAAGUGUAUAAUGUAUUUUUGUGCUAAAAACUGUUACGUUUUAAGAAAGGUAAUGUUACAGAACAUGCUACGUAUAUCUUCCAGAACAAAUGCCCUUGGGGAUAGAGUGCUAAAAAUACAUUUCCUCCUUGCCUCCUGUUAUAUAAUGUCCAAAUGUAUUUCCCAAUGUUACAUACUAGUUUCAAAAAAAUAAAUCUAGGUACUUUCUUCGAUGUCAUGAAGUGUCAGUUCUGUCCGGUGUCCACUUACGUUAUAAAAACAAAGCACGUUACAUAUUCUGGAUGAUUGACCAUGCGAUUGUAACAUCAACAGAGGUACGCAAAUAUUUGUCAAGAUAGCUAUUUUUUACUGUGAUUUCCACAGCUUAAUCAAGGAAUGUAUAGUUUAACUCUUUCAAGAGAACUGUCUGAUGGAUAUAAUGGCAUUUGAAGGUGAACUCAAUACACACACAAUUCAUAAAGUGUUGACAUAACAGCUAAUGAGAUUAUUUAGCCACACAAUUCAAAGAAAACCAAGUAACAGCUACUGUACAAUAAGAUACACAAAAAAAUUGUGCAAAUUAGUGUUGAAUGUAACAUUUUUAUAGAAACCAAAGAUGACAGCAACUAAGAAAACUGGUUUCUGAAACCACUUUUGGAAUCCACAAACGUAAUUAGGCAUGGGUAUUUCCAGGGCUCGGCACUAAAGUAGUUGAAAAAAGAAUAGGUUUAUAGACUACGUAAUGUCAUAGAAAUGUAAAUUUAAAAAAAAAACAACAUAAAUCCAUAGACAGGUGAUGACAGAAAUGUGCACAUGUUGCCAGCUUUACGUAAGACUCACGACUGUAACCCAGUGCACUUGUUUCAAACAUUCCCGCCGUCAAAAGGCAAAGUUAACAGCUGUCUGGUUUUUAACGCAGAAAGUGCCGAGAUAAGCUGAGGUACCAACUUUGUUUGUGUAUAAAGUAUUUAAUAAAUAAUUAGACAAUAUUACAUUAUAAAGCAUGAGGUGUGAACUUUAGUUUGAUAAAUAUUCUUAUGAGCUAAAUACAGACGUAGGCAAACAACAAGCAUUACUCUACAAUAAAAGGUCUAGACUAGAGGGGGGGGAAAAAAACUGUGAGGUGUUGUAAACAGUUGUUUUGUAAUUCCACGGCAAAACUGAGAACCAUCAAAUAUAAACGUGUUGUUAUAUA